AAAUUGAAUUGAAUUGAAAUCGUACAUAACGGAACCUCAGCAACAAAAAAAAAAUAUCAUUAUUAAUAAUUUUUAUUUUUUUACUUUAAAUAAAUUUAAACAGAAAAAAAAUUCAAAUAAAAAAGAAUAUUAAUUUAAAUAAAAUAAAAUGUACAUUCAACAUAAAAAUAUGAAUGAAAUUUCGGAAAAUGUACCAAAUGGUUCAACAGUACCGGGCGGCGGUGGUGGUGGUGGUGUUGGCAGUGUCAGUAGUGGGGGAGCCAGUGUUAAUAACACUGGCCUUCCCAUCGUCAGUGAUUUAAACACAAAUGGCACUUAUAAAAAUAGCAUUGUUAUCGAUAAUCAACCCAAGAGACGUGUUAGUAUUGCUUCAGAUCCUGCUGCUGAGGGUCGUCAUGUAGGCGGUUAUGAUAAUCCAGCGUUUGAACAAAAUCCUAGAAGAAAAAUUUCACAGACCUCAGUCCAUUCACACACGGAAAUUGGUCCAGUUAGACGAAAAAGUAUUUUAAUAAAUGCCGUAGGUCAUGAUAAUGAAUCAGAUCAUGGUUCACAAUGCAGUUAUGACAACAGACCCUAUAGAAUUUCAGCACUAGAUACUCUCAAUGCUAAAAUUUCCCAACAGCAGAUGUCAUCUGUGGGCACCAACAGCAUAGAAGAAUCCUGGCUGUAUACAUUCUGCUUCAAAUGUCGCGGCGAAGAAAACACCCCCUCAUGGGAGCCACCACACUGGCAAAAGUUAUGCCCCUACCCAUUGUGUCCAUCAUUUAGACAAUUUGCCCGCCUCUUGGUGCUUAUUCUAAUAGGAGUGCUGUUAUGGAUAACAGCAUAUGUGAUUAUAGGAGAUUCAGCUGCCCCUGGUGGUCAGCUAUUCGGUUUAGUGGUGUUGGCAGUGGCGGCGAAUUUUGGUGGUUAUUUGAUAUCGCUAACAACGUUGCCACGUUUGAUUGGUAUGUUGCUGGUCGGCAUAUUGUUUCAGAAUGUUGGCUGGACCAAUUUGGAAGGUGAUUUCUCAAUAGUCACCGCUCAUUUACGUAAAUUUGCUUUAACCAUAAUUUUAAUUCGAGCUGGUCUCGAAAUGGAACCCGAAGCCUUUAAGAAGGUCUACAAGACCAUCUUAAAGUUGGGCAUAAUUCCUUGGAUUUUGGAAUGUUGCGUUGUGGGUCUCUCCACCCACUUCUUACUCGAUUUACCUUGGGUCUGGGCUUUCCUCUUGGGUGCCAUUAUUGCCGCCGUCUCGCCCGCUGUUGUUGUACCCUGUCUAUUCCGCCUGCGUACUAAAGGCUAUGGUGUGGCCAAGGGUAUUCCCACUUUAAUUAUUGCUGUCGCUGGUAUUGAUGAUGCCCUGUCUGUGGCCAUUUUUGGUAUCAUAAGCAGUGUCAUGUUUUCGGAUCGUGGUCUGGGCUAUCAAAUUUCCCAGGCUCCAGUUUGUAUUCUGGGUGGUUUGGCCUUUGGUGUCGUCUGGGGUUAUAUUGCUAGAUUUUUCCCCGAGAAGGGUGAUCCCUAUGUGGUGCCUCUCCGUACUAUUAUGUUGUUUUCGGGCGGUUUGGUGGCCAUUUAUGGCAGUGAGGAGAUUGGUUAUGAAGGUGCUGGUCCCUUGGCGGCGGUAUUUGCUGCUUUCGUUUCGAAUCUGUUCUGGUGCAAACAAGGCUGGGAAGUGGAAGACAAUCCAGUGUCUACAGCUUUUGAAAUUUUCUGGAUGAUUUUCGAGCCCAUACUAUUCGGUAUUACAGGUGCCACUGUUAAGAUUUCCGAACUCGAUCCCGACAUCGUGUCCGUUGGCAUUGGUUGUAUAGCAAUCGGUUGUGUCUUGCGUAUUCUCUGUACGGCCGGUAUUGCUUUCGGCGAUAAACUGAAUAUGAAAGAGAAAUUCUUUGUUGCUCUCUCUUGGAUGUCAAAGGCUACCGUGCAGGCUGCUUUAGGGCCCGUAGCCAUGAAACAUUUGGGUGCUGAUGCUUCAGAACAAGACAAACACUAUGCCUAUGUAGUGCAAACCAUAGCUGUCUUGUCCAUUGUGCUCACAGCCCCUCUGGGAGCCAUUUUGAUCUCGGUGACGGGCACGAAACUAUUAACCAAAACUAAACAACCUCAAGUAGUAGAAGGUUGGCGCCGCAGUCACCGUCCUUCCAUACGUGACAUUAGUAUCAUCGAUGAGGAGGAAGAACGUGAAGAUCCGGAAUUGCCCGAAGAUAAGGAGACAGCUGAUAAUACCCAAAGCAAUGCUCAUAUACCUACUCUAUCUUAUACUUCAUAUAACAAAUAAUUUUCAUGGUUUUCGUUUCCUAUUAAUCGAUUAAUUUGAUUUUGUUUAAUUUUUUUUUUGUUUUCUUUUCCUUUUCCUGUUGUUUUUUGUUUUGUUGAGUGUUUAAUAUUUAAGAUUUAUAGAAUUUUAGAACAAAAUGUAAAUGAGCGAGAAAAAUAUUAAAAAUAUUCCGUUGAAAAUUCGAGUAUUUUCUAAACGAUAGUUAGAUUUUCCCAAUGACAUUCCACAAGAGAGUAUAAAUAGUCCAUGUAUUGUUGUUAUUAUGUAAUAUAUAUAAGUUUGAAUGUUAAUUUAAUGUAAAUAAAUAAAUAAA